AUGUUUUACAAACCUGAGGAAAUCGAAGCAGUCAGUGUACCGCAAAUAGAAAAUUUGUUCAAGCUAGACUCGUGGCUCGAACCCUAUCGCUAUGAAAUUAAACGCAGAUACAAAUGCUUCCUCGAUCACCUCAACUGGAUUAAAAGUGUUGGCGGUUUGGAGCAGUUUACUCAGGGUUACAAGGAGUUUGGCAUGAACGUGCAUCCGGAUGGGACAAUAUACUGCAAGGAAUGGGCACCGGGUGCAAAAGAGCUUUAUCUUCGAGGCGACUUUAACGACUGGAAGGAGUUCACACAUCCAUUUAAAAAUAUUGGUUUUGGGAAGUGGGAGCUGAUAAUCCCACCUAAACUUGGUGCUCCUGCGAUCCCACAUUUGUCUAUUGUCAAGCUCCUUGUCGUAACCCACGAUGGACGCCGGUUGGACCGUUUGAGUCCCUGGGCCCCGUACGUAGUUUGUCUGAACGAGAGUAAAGUAUAUGAUCAGGUUAUGUAUAACCCACCACAGAAAUAUCAAAUGAAAUAUCCCCAUCCGCCACGGCCGAAAAGUUUGCGGAUUUAUGAAUGUCAUGUCGGAAUUUCAUCCUCGGAGCCGAAAGUGGCUUCUUAUACCUAUUUCAAAGAUAAUGUUCUACCAAGAAUCAAAGAUUUGGGAUACAACUCUAUACAGCUCAUGGCUGUUAUGGAGCACGCCUACUAUGCCUCUUUUGGAUAUCAGGUUACCAGUUUCUUUGCCGCCUCGAGUCGCUACGGAACUCCAGAAGAGUUGAAAGCUAUGAUUGAUGAGGCUCACCGCUUAGGAUUGGUUGUUCUUCUCGAUGUAGUUCAUAGCCACGCAUCCAAGAAUACCAACGACGGAUUGAACCAAUUUGAUGGCACAGAUGCGUGCUACUUCCACGACCGUGGUCGCGGUGUGCACGAAUUGUGGGACUCGCGGUUGUUCAACUAUACCGAGUUAGAAGUUUUGCGUUUCCUCAUGUCCAAUCUACGUUGGUGGAUCGAGGAGUACGGUUUUGACGGAUUUCGUUUUGAUGGUGUGAUGUCCAUGCUGUAUCAUCAUCACGAAUACUUCGGAUUAUCGGUGGACACGGAAUCUCUCACUUACCUGAUGCUAGCCAAUCACUUCUUGCAUGAAAAAUAUCCUUUCGUUAUCACCAUUGCGGAGGAAGUCAGUGGUAUGCCCACUUUAUGUCGUCCAGUUGCUGAGGGUGGCGGUGGUUUUGACUAUCGUUUGGCCAUGGCAAUCCCAGAUAAAUGGAUAGAGUUAUUGAAAAAAGUUCGGGAUGAUGAUUGGAACAUGGGGAACUUGGUUCAUGCUCUGACCAAUCGACGUUACGGUGAGGCUAACAUCGCGUACGCCGAGUGUCAUGAUCAAGCGCUGGUCGGUGAUAAGACUAUCUCGUUCUGGUUGAUGGAUAAAGAAAUGUAUUGGCAUAUGAGCUGUACCAGCCCGCCAAACUUGAUUAUUGAUCGUGGUAUCGCAUUGCACAAGUUGAUCCGCUUCAUCACUCACACACUGGGCGGUGAAGGCUAUCUGAAUUUUAUGGGCAACGAAUUCGGUCACCCAGAAUGGCUGGAUUUCCCGCGGGCAGGAAACAAUAGUUCUUAUCAUUAUGCACGAAGACAAUGGAACUUGGUAGAUGAUCCAUUACUACGCUACAAGUUCUUAAACAAUUGGGAUCGGGCCAUGAACAACUUGGAGGAAAAGUACGGCUGGUUGCAUUCACCACAAGCCUAUGUCAGCCGGAAACAUGAUGGAGACAAAGUGAUUGCUUUCGAACGUGCCGGUGUAUUGUUCGUGUUCAAUUUUCACCCGACUCAAAGCUUUACCGGAUACAAAAUCGGUGUCGAAACUCCUGGGCGUUAUCACAACGUACUGGAUUCAGAUCGUGAGGAGUACGGAGGUUUCAGUCGUCUGGAUCCAAAAACGGAAUACCUCACCUGCAGCGAACCAUGGGACGGACGUCAGAAUUGCGUAUUCCUAUAUCUGCCCAGUCGCACUUGUAUGGCGCUGGCCUGGGAAUAA